AUGACCCCCCUAAUUGAUCUCAAGCCGAAGGCCGAAGCGCUUCUGCUGGAGUUCUGCGACGGAGACAGGGGAAACGGUUUCCCAUCCCUCGUUGCUCACCGUGAAUCAGGUCGCUCUGUGGCUGCCCUGUCUGACGUGGCCGAGGAGAGUGAUCCUGGCUGGGCUGGAGGCGGGCUCAGGGGAGAACCGCGUCGCUACCGCAGCUCUUCAGCGCGGGUGCAGGAGGCUUUGCUGCCCGAGCUUAAGGCAGCGACGGUGACCCACCGCGAUGCCCUGGACGUGUUCAUUGAGCACCGGCAGCUGUUGGAGCAGAGGGGCAGGGAGGGGGGGUCCACACGCCCCCCCCACCAGCUCUACCCCCCCGAACUGCUGCGCCGCUUUGAGCUGUACUUCACCCCCCCGGACACCUUGAAGCCCCUCCCCAUCCGUGCCGUCCGUGCCGACUGCAUCGGGCGCCUGGUGACGGUGAGGGGGGUCGUCACCCGCGUGAGCGACGUCAGACCCCGUAUGGAAGUGGCCACCUACAGCUGUGACCUGUGUGGGGCCGAGACCUACCAGCCCAUCCAGGCUCCCACCUUCACCCCGUUGCUGCUCUGCCCCAGCCAGGACUGUGCCACCAACCGCGCCGGCGGCCGCCUGCAGCUGCAGAGCCGGGGCUCCAAGUUCGUCAAGUACCAGGAGCUGCGGCUGCAGGAGCACGUGGGUGCCCCACAGCUGCCCCACAGCUGCCCCAUAGCUGUCCCCUUGGUGAUCCCUUGUUGGAUCCGGGGUAACAUCAACAUCUGCCUGAUGGGGGAUCCCGGUGUGGCCAAAUCCCAACUGCUGACCUACAUCGACCGCCUGGCGCCGCGCAGUCAAUACACGACAGGCCGCGGUUCCUCCGGCGUUGGUCUCACGGCGGCGGUGCUGCGCGACGCAGCGAGCGGGGAGCUGCGGCUGGAGGGCGGCGCAUUGGUGCUGGCGGACGGCGGCAUCUGCUGCAUCGACGAGUUCGACAAGAUGUCGGAGGUUGACCGCACGGCCAUCCACGAGGUGAUGGAGCAGCAGAGCGUCUCCAUCGCCAAGGCCGGCGUCAUGGCCACCCUCAAUGCCCGCUGUGCGGUGCUGGCGGCCGCCAACCCAGCCUAUGGGAGGUACGACAGCAGGAGGAGCCUGGAGCACAACGUGGGGCUGCCAGCAGCCCUGCUGUCCAGGUUUGAUCUGCUGUGGGUGCUCAGGGAGGGGUUUUGGGGGGGUGAAUAUGAUGCUGAUGAUGCUGAUGGUGUCAUUAUGGCGGUGCAGGCCCGGCUGCGCCUGGUGGACGUGGUGGAGAAGGAGGAUGUGAACGAGGCCAUGAGGCUGAUGGAGGCGGCUCGAGAUUCACUGCAGGGACACGGGGGGCAGCAGGGGCUGUGA